AUGAAUAUAUUAGAUUAUAAAAAAUAUAUUUCACCAUAAUACAGAUCAUUGUCACUAUUUGCUAAAAAGAAAAUAAAAAUAAAAGGUAGAUCAAUUAGUUUUGAACCUUAAAAUCAAUUAAAUAUAUUCAAUAUGAAAGGAUUGAUAUUUUAAAAGGAUUCAUUAAGAAGAAAAAGUUGUUAUUGUAUUGAAUGUGGAAGUUUAAGUAAAUUCUAAUAUAAAUAUAUGAAUCUUAAACAUGUACCAAAUAUGAAAAAGAAAAUUGAAAUUUAAUUAAGAGCUGAAAAGAGAAGAUAAAGUAAUAUAUUUAUAUUAAAAUCAAUUAGCUAAGAACAGUACAUUUUACAAAUAUCGUACAAUUAUAUUUGAUUAAGUAAGAAGAAAUAAAAUUGAAUAAUAACAAGUUGAAUCAGUAGAAGCAACUCCUAAAGAAUCUACUUGCCUUAAAGAAUCAAUGCAUAGAUUAAAAGAAUAUUUUGAUAAAUAAGAAACUCAAAAAAUUGAAAUUCAAAAUAAAACUCGAAAUUUUCGCUAUUUUAGUAAUAAAACACCAUUAAGUUCUCCUAAACAUUAUAAAUCUCCUCGGAAUAAAGAAUCUAUACCUUAUCUUAGUUAUAGAAGAAUUGAAUUGACAUAAUUAAAACCAUUAAAAUUUAGUGAUACUCUCAAAUCAUUUUAAACACAUAAAAAAACCUUAUCAACUUAAUCUUGA